GGAACAGUUGACACACAAUAUACAGCUUUAUAUUGUGUCUGAGCUCUUGUGCAUAUCUUCAAAUCACGAUCUCCCAAUCAAUCAUGGCAAGGGACAGUUGCCUUGCUCGUGUGACAGCCGGCGUUGCCGUCGGCGGUGCAGUUGGUGGUGCUGUUGGUGCUGUCUACGGGACAUAUGAGGCCAUUAGGUAUAAGGUGCCAGGACUUCUGAAGGUCAUGUAUAUUGGACAAACCACACUGGGUAGUGCUGCAAUUUUUGGUCUUUUCUUGGGUGCUGGAAGUUUGAUACAUUGUGGAAAAUCAUAUUAGCUUCUGUUCUUGUAUUCAUUACAUUAGUAAUUUAUGUUUGAGCUAUAUGAGUAGCCUUGUGUCAAGGGCUGGCAACGACACGUAGUAGCUGAGUGUCAUUGACUCGCCUAGGUGUCAAAAACAGAAACUGAAUGGAGAUACUUGUUUUGGGAUCUAUAGUUUUGUUUCUUCUGUAUUUGCUACUACUAUAAAUCUUUUGCCAUCAGUUAUCUGUAUCGUUCGUUCUGUUUCCUUUUGUUAUGCAUUACCGAGUUUAUUGGUUAAGAUGCCAUAUGCUGAGGAAAUUUCAAUUGUGA